CUCGUCAACGGGGUCAACAAGCGAUACAGCAUCAACGAGCGGGACAGCUUCAACAAGCGAUACUGCUUCAACCAGCUGUCCUUCAACCAAGCUGCAGCUUCAACAAGUGAUACUUCAAGUACUUCGGGUACAGCUUCCGAGUCAACAACAGAGAGCUCGAGCACCAGCGAAUCAUCUGAAUCUAGUACAAGCGCACAGACAACGACCGCCACCAAUGCGAAUCCGAAUCCAGCAAUUAAUCAGAUCUGCCCAGCUAACCCUGGUAUGAACGACAGAAUCAGACUUAUAGCUACUGAGGCCCAUAAUUAUCGAAGAUCAAGACUUGCGCAAGGAUGGGUGAGAAAAAAUACCGGCAGGUAUCUUCCAAAAGCAGCGAACAUGUUCAAACUUGUUUAUAACUGUUCACUUGAAACGUCAGCUAGAGAAGCGGCUGACAGAUGUACGACCGCCCCAUCAACAUCACUUCCAAGCGGUGUCAAAGAAAAUAUCCACAGCGUUGCGAAGUCGAUGGCCCGGUAUCGUGUUGAUGCUAUGAAAGAGGCGGCCAGGUAUUGGUGGAAGCAAGUGAGACUCGUCGAUGGAAUUGGAAUGAAAGUCAUAUUUAGAGCGAAACAUGAAAGCAGCCCGAUCAGAUAUUUCACUCUGGUUAGCGGCCGUUUUGAAUUUCAGAUGGCAUGGGCAACCACCAAAACGAUAGGGUGUGCUGUUUCUGAAAAUUGUGGAAGUACAUGGUUUGUGGCGUGCCACUACUAUGAGGGAGGAAAUAUGGUCGAUGAUGCCGUUUACGAGAGAGGCACGCCAUGCUCAGCUUGUCCUACUGGCUACUUCUGCAAUGAGAUGAAGUUAUGUCAAUCGGCGAAUUGA